AUGAGGCAGCUCCUGGCCGAGCUUCUGGCACUUGUGAUUCUGAGCAGCACUCUCUUCUGCUGGGUACUGGGAGACACCCAUUACUAUGAGUUCGUCCUGCGGGAGAAGAAGUACACAAGACUCUGUAACACCAAGAGCAUGUUGGUGGUGAACGACAGUUUCCCGGGGCCGGUGAUCCGGGUUCACAAAGGGGACACCGUGUUUGUCAAUGUCCACAACCAUGGCGAUUACGGCGUCACAUUGCACUGGCAUGGAGUAAAACAACCUAGAAAUCCAUGGUCAGAUGGACCAGAGUACAUCACUCAGUGCCCUAUUCAACCAGGAUCAAAUUUCACCUACAAGGUUCUCUUCUCUACCGAGGAAGGCACCCUCUGGUGGCAUGCUCACAGUGAUUGGACUCAGAACAGUGUCCAUGGCGCCAUCGUCAUCAUGCCGGCUAAGGGCACUGAUCACCCAUUUCCGAAACCAGACGAGGAAGAAAUCAUAGUACUGGGAUCUUGGUAUUCAUACGAUGUGAACAAAAGGGUGAAUUAUGAUCUCGCGAUCGGUGCUGACUUACCGAGGGAGGAAGCCUUUCUCUUCAAUGGCCAACCAGGAGGAAUCUUUAAUUGCUCUAGAGAUACUCAAUAUCGGCUGGUUGUUGAUUAUGGCAAGACCUACCUUAUCCGCUUAAUUAAUGCAGCCACAAGUUCAGAAUUGCUCUUCGCUAUUGCUGAUCACAAUGUGACAGUUGUUGGAAUGGAUGGUGCCUACCUCAAACCCUUAUCUACAUCAUUUCUAGUGAUAUCUCCAGGGCAAACCAUGAACUUACUACUCACAGCAAAUCAGCCCCCUCGUCAGUAUUAUAUGGCCAUUAGGCAAUAUGUUACCAACGGUGAUCCUGAUGUUUAUCCAGCUAACACAGCUAUUCUAGAGUACAGAGGCAACUAUUCUCGUCGACCUGACCCUGUCUUUCCUUCUCAGCUCCCUUCUUACAUAAAUAUCAGCUCAGCAGAAUUUUUCUUGGCCGGUCUAAGGAGCUUAAACAGCAAAGAACACCCUGCAUUUGUACCCCAAGAAAUAACUCAUCAUAUGUAUAUAGUUGUUUCUGUGAAACAGGUCCUUUGCAACCCGAGUGAAUGCGAGAUUGGAAUGGCGAUGGCUUCAGCCAUGAACAACAUUACUUUUCUAAAUCCGCAUGUUGAUGUAUUACAAGCCUACUACCGGUAUGCCCUACGUUCUUCUCUUUCCUUCUCUUUGUUUCUGUCCUAUCUCCAUGCGGAUACAUAUUUUGGCAAUAUUAUGCAAGCGUGA